AUGGCGGCCGAAGAAACAAUUCCUAGUCCAACCAAGGACCUAGAUGAGAAUAUCUCACCCAUCUAUUCCGACGGAGAAGAUGCACAUACUCAGCAGGCCACUAGAACCCAAAUUCUCAGCCAGUUUACAGCGGAAGACGAAAAAAAGAUUCUGCGUAAGCUCGAUCGCCGUGUUGUGAUUCUCGCAGCUUUAAUCUACGCGAUUAAACAGGUUGACACGUUAAACCUCGCUCUUGUUAGAGUCAUUGCUGUUGGCAAACCAACCAAUAUUCUGACACAGCUUCGUAUGACUCCAGAUGAAUACAAUUGGGUUAAUACAGCAUAUUCUAUCCCCUAUGUUCUUCUGGAAACUCCUAUGACUUUAUUGCUAAAGAAGAUGGGGCCGCGAAUAUUCCAGUCUCGUAUCAUGAUUACCUGGGGAAUUGUACUCGCUUGCCACGCCGCGGUGACGAAUAAAACCGGACUUUACAUUGUUCGAAUUAUCCUUGGUGUUGUUGAGGCUGGCAUGUUUCCAGCACUCAUGACAUCUUUUCUCUGUUGGUAUCGAGGCGACGAAUUAGCAAGACCGAUGGUAUGGGUUCACGGUCUUGAUCAAUUUACAAGCAUUUUAAGUUCGCUUCUCGUAUACGGAAUUUCUUACCUUGACGAACGGCACGGUCUGAGUUCAUGGAAAUGGAUAUUUCUCAUCGAAGGAGUCUUGACAGUUGCAUACGGAAUCGUCCUAUUUUUAUGGCUUCCCGAUUACCCCAAGUCUCCCAGCACGUCUAAGUGGCUUACUCCUAGCGAACAAGAUUUUGUCGAGGCUAGAUUGAGUUCUAAUAACCCUCGCUAUUCGGACAAGGCCUUCUCCUUAAAAGAGACAGUGGAUACCCUGAAAGACCCACGACUUUGGUCGUUCACUAUUUUCAUCCUCUGUAUGAGCAUAACUUCAUACGGAAUCUCGUGGGCACAGCCAACGAUCAUCAACAACCUUGGAUUUGUCGCGGUUCCUCGGAACUUAUUGUUACUUCUACCCGGAUCAUUCUUAGCUCUAUGCUUACUUAUUACUACCUUUUUUAUAUAUCGAGACGGACGUGUCCCUCGACCACCAUAUUGUCUUACAAUUGUGGCCCUCGAAAUAAUCAGUUUUGCCAUAUUCCUAACGACGGAAAACAAGGGGGCUAGAUAUGCUGCGUGUGUACUCGGCACAAUGUUUUCGCACGCAUGGGGAACCUCAUAUUGGCCAUGGAGAUCUUCCAGUGUUCGUGGAGCGACAGGUACCGCCCUGGCAUUCGGCAUUCAAAAUUCGAUCUCCCAGCUUGGAGCUAUUAUUGGACCGCAGAUCUUUCGAGAGAAAUGGGCGGCUCAGAACUAUAGGCCAUCUUUUAUUAUUAUGGUAUGUUGCGUCGCAAGUGGCUUCAUCUGUGGAUGCAUAUGCUGGUACCUCACGUAUGAUCUUGAAAAGGAGGCGCGCCGUGUCAAGCUGGAGCGUAAUGCAGCGCUUAGAGAGGGUAAGAUUCUCAGCGAUGACGAUGCGCAUAUACGAAGCGAAACCCAUCUGUGA